GCGCUCGGCUCCCGCGCGCUUCGGCCCCAACCAACCGCGAACUGGAGCUGCUCGGUGUGCGAGCUGGGACAGGUCCCCAGGCUCGGGGGGAACCCGAGUGGCCUCCGAGGCCUGACACCGAGUCCCGGCCUCCCCAGCGACGCCAGCAGACCCGGGCGCCCGCAGUGGGAUGUGGUCCAGCCUCAACGAAUGGUUCUGGCAGGACAGGUUCUGGCUCCCACCCAACAACACGUGGGCUGUCCUGGAGGACCGGGAUGGCCUGGUCUUUGCUCACCCCCGGGACUUGCUGGCAGCCCUGCCCCUGGCGCUGGCCCUGGUGGUCAUGCGCUUCACCUUCGAGAGAUUUGUUGGCCUGCCCCUGAGCCGGUUGCUAGGUGUGCGAGAUCAGGCCAGGAAGCCGGUGAAGCCCAAUGCCACUCUGGAGAAAUACUUCCUCACGAAAGGGUGGAAGCCCAAGGAGCCCCAGAUGGCCCUCCUCGCUGCCCAGUGCGGCCUGACGCUGCAGCAGACCCAGCGCUGGUUCCGGAGGCGCCGGAAUCAGGACCGGCCCUGCCUGACCAAGAAGUUCUGUGAGGCCAGCUGGAGGUUUAGCUUCUACGCCUGCGCCUUCUUUGGUGGCCUGUCGAUCCUCUACCACGAGUCGUGGCUGUGGAUGCCGGAAAUGUGCUGGGACAAUUACCCGCUUCAGCCCCUGAAACCGGCCCUGUACUAUUGGUACCUCCUGGAACUGAGCUUCUACAUCUCGCUGCUGAUGACGCUGCCCUUUGAUGUCAGGCGCAAGGACUUCAAGGAGCAGGUGGCGCACCACUUCGUGACCAUCAUCCUGAUCAGCUUCUCCUACAGCUCCAACCUGCUGCGCAUCGGCUCCCUGGUGCUGCUGCUGCACGACGCCUCCGACUACCUCCUGGAGGCCGGUAAGAUGUUCAAUUACACGCCCUGGAGGAAGGUGUGCGACACCCUCUUCAUCGUCUUCUCCUUGGUCUUCUUCUAUACUCGCCUCGUGCUCUUCCCUACGCGGAUCCUCUACACCACGUACUACGACUCCAUUGCCCAGUGGGACACCUUCUUCGGCUACUACUUCUGCAACACUCUCCUGAUGGCGCUGCAGCUGCUGCACGUGUUCUGGUCUUGCCUCAUCCUUCGCAUGAUCUACAGCUUCGUGAAGAAGGGCCGGAUGGAGAAGGAUGUCCGCAGCGACGUGGAGGAGUCCGACUCGAGCGACGGCGAGGUGGCCCAGGAGCACCUGCUGCUGAAGAACGGCGCUGCUCACAGGCCCGGCGCGGCCCCCGCAGACGGUCCCCGGAGCCGGCUGGUGGGGCGGGUGGCCAACGGGCACACUGCGACCACAUAG